UAUUUUCCACCAUCACAUGAUUGUAUUGACUGUGAUAGAGUGAUCUUAGCAAGGUAAAUCACUGUCAUUUCCCAUUACGUCAAUUUGCAUAUGACCUGGGCAAUACCUGUACCUUGAAAUGUCCCCGACUUACUGACCCACCCAUGAACUCAUGAAUAAGAUAACAGGAAACUGUACAAAGCUCGUGAACAUUAAUCUCUGUAAAUGUGUUUGCCCAGGUACAUUUUUUAGGUCAGAAUGACAGUGAUAACAUUGCUAAGAGCAGCACCACCUGAUACGAUGUUGACUUUUUGACACAACGUUACCAUUGUCACAGUCUGCGAGGCGUUCGAUUGGCUGAAAACUGACGCAAUCAGUUGUUUUUUAUGACCCUCCCCUCGGUGGGCAGACGUGGUGUAUCUAUGGUAAAGUCCACCUCGCCGGCGCCAUUCCUAUCUCAAACUUAGAUGAUUUAGAGCCUCUUAAAUCUAGUGCAGAGUACAUGCAAGCAGGCAGGGUUAAAAAGCAGUGCUGACGUAGCCCUUUGUUCAUGGAAGUUCGGAACGGCGCCCAGCACGUACGGGAAAAUGGAUUCGCUGCGUCCGACACCCGACUUUGUACCCCGGUUUCCCGGCUGGGUCCGGCAGAAGGCUCAAUGGUUUGCUCACCUGGGUAACAGCCAGGCUGUGAGUUGUGAGGACCUGCUAGCGAGCGACGAAGAGUUAGACAUCAUGGCGGACCCCGGUCAGCCCAACCCUGGGUAUCAGGAGGGACAGGUCCAGGCUGAAGUGGGCGGCGCUAUGGCUGAGACCAGCACCAGCAGCAGCGCCCCCCGGCAGAGGCACCCAUCACUGCAGGACCAGAUGAACAAGGUGAUGAACCCAGUGGAGAAGUUCCCCCUGCUGCCUACAACCUCCCCACUACCCAGCCGCAGUAGUCCCAGGGUCAAACAACUGCAUGUGGAUGAAGACGACUAUCAAGCCCACAGGAAUGUCCAUCUCCAUGUGCACCAUCCUCUCAAGACCCACAUCCACCGCCGAUACUCCUCACCCUCCUUCGGUAAGGACUUCCCUCCCAAGGGAAUCUCCAUACCGGAGGAGAAGGACUCUCCCAAACAAACCAAAGAACCCAAGCGGCCUCGCGUGGAACCUCCGCAAGAAGAAGAAACACCUCGUGAUGUAACCACGGUUACCGUAGAAGUGGAAUCUGAAGAUAUUGAAGAGGAGACAGAGGAGAAAGUUGUUCCACCCGAAGACAGGAAGGCUUCUAUUGUCAGAACGGAUUCGUACGAGGCAGCGGUGAGAGGUUUUCCUGACGUAGUAGUGGAGGCUGCGAGUGUGGAGAGUCUGACAACAAAGCUCUGCAAGGAACCGUCCGUAGAACCAGCUUCUCCAGCACAGUCUCACGAAGCACCCCCGUCUUACCACGAAUGUGUCCAAGGAAUUCCUGAGGGUUCUAGAAGUGGUGAUCUUGAAGAAAGGCCACCAAAGGCAUCAACUUCUGCCGAAGAACCUGAAACAAAGGCCCCGCCCAAGGCAAGUUCGUCCAAAGAAUCUCUGAAGAGCUCAGGAAGUGCGAAGGCUGCUCUGGCGAAAGUGUUAGCUCGGAAGGACUCUGGAAGGGAAAGUGACUCAGACGCAGACUCCAAAGUCCGCCCGUCUCCGAGUCAGGUAGCCCUGCUGAGGGGUGACAUCAGUAGAGAGAAUUCCUCCAAAGAACUGAAGAGCAUCCUUAAGAACUCUUCGGCCCUGAAGAAUCGUGAAGGCUCACAGAAGUCGUUGGACGGGGCUGACUCAGUGGCAGCAGGAGACACAGGAGACACGGAUGCUACAGGCCCACAGAAAAAAGCAACAUUUAUAAUAGGAGGAGACAUGGAGGAAGAUGAGGAACCUCCCACAGUGUUUGACCUGGUGAAGACUGCAGAUGCAGAGGCUCAGGCUUCAGAAGCUCAGGACAGAAUCAAUGAGAUCCCACACUUCCGAGAAACAUCAUACAACAAGGACUCCUUCAAGAAGAAGAGCCACAGACAUCACCAUGGACAUCACCAUGGACACCACCAUGGGCAUCACCAUCAUCAUCACCAUCACCAUAAGAAGGUGCCCACCCCCAUGGACAGACUGCGUAUCGGCAGUAUGACUAAGAUGGACGCUGAGAUCUACCACAAGAUGCCGACAGAACAUGAGGAGGCUCAGCAACUUCUCACGCCAGAUCUGAACGAGAUGAUCAGCCAUCGUCUGGAAGACGUUCCGGGUCGGAGGAGACACAGGAUUAAGAAGCCUAACGUCAGCUCCAUGGUCUACAUCGGGAAACAGAGCAAACCUCAGAAGAAGAUCUCAGUGGAAGCCAAGAAGACCUGGGACAAGAGUCCUCACGAGGUGUUUGUAGAGCUGGACACGCUGCAUGCGUCAGGUGAGGGAGAACAGCAGGAGCUGGUGUGGUGUGAGAGCGCUCGCUGGAUCAAGUUUGAGGAGGACGUGCAGCAGGGAGCGGAGCGCUGGGGAAAACCUCACGUCUCCUCACUAUCCUUCCACAGUCUGCUGGAGCUCAGGAAGGGGCUGGAACAAGGCUCAGUGCUGUUGGACCUGAAUGAGACAGAGCUGCCCAACAUCAUGCACCAUGUGGUGGAGAACAUGAUCAUUACAGACCAGGUCCGACCUGAGGACAGGGGGGACAUCAUGAGGGCUCUGCUUCUUAAGCACAGCCAUCUGUACCAGAAGAAGCGGCACAAGGUCAUCCCGUAUAACUUCUCAUCAGGCAGCCUGCUGGGUUUCCUGGGUCACCGUGAGGACAGCAUGGCGUCGGCCAGUCAGUACUCGGCCGGCUGUCCCUCCGCUACCAGUCUGGACACCAUGGAGGCAGGGCUGAAGGUCAACCUACCGGAUAACAACAACCAGUUCUCUGUUCCAGUGCCUAUCACCCCACCUCCCAUCCACAAGUCCCCCACAGCCAAGUCCACCCUCAGCACCAAGAGCACACAGAUGGACAUCAAGGCUAAGGUUCCCAUCCUGAAGAAGAUCCCAGAAGACGCAGAGGCCACCACCGUACUGGUGGGAGCUGUGGACUUCCUGGAGAAACCUACCAUGGCGUUCGUUAGGCUGGCAAGGGGAGCAGAGAUUGGCACCCUGACUGCCGUGCCCCUCCCUGUGAGGUUCCUGUUUGUGUUGCUGGGUCCCAGCAGUGGAGUCACAGACUAUAACGAGAUCGGUCGCUCCAUAUCCACACUCAUGGCUAAUGAGACCUUCCACGAGAUGGCGUACAGAGCGGAUGAUCGUAGCGACCUUCUGCGGGGGAUUAACGAGUUCCUGGGGGACAGUAUCGUGCUGCCUCCCGGCGACUUCGACAGACGACUGCUGGAGCCAAUCGCACGGCUGCAGAGGAAGCGACUCAGGAAGAGGAAAAAAAUGCUGGAGGAGACAGACGGACUUCUCAAGAAGUCACACUCCCAUGAACCAGAAGACGACCCCCUGAAGAGGACAGGGGAGUGUUUCGGGGGGCUGAAGAGGGACAUCCAGAGGAGGUUCCCGUACUACGUCAGUGACUUUGUGGACGGGCUGAACUUCCAGUGCCUCAUGGCCUUCUUCUUCAUCUUCUUCACCUGUGUCACACCUGUCAUCACAUUCGGCGGCUUACUCAGUGACAAGACCCAUAACCACAUCGGAGUGUCAGAGAUGAUCAUCGCCACGGCGAUCAGCGGAGGGCUGUUCUCCCUGCUGGCAGGGCAGCCCAUCAUCAUCAUCGCAGCCACGGGGCCCUUCCUGGUGUACGACCAGAGUUUAUACGAGUUCUGUGAGAGUAAUGGUAUAGAGUUCAUGACAUGGCGGCUGUGGAUCGGGCUGUGGAUCCUGGUUAUCUGUAUCAUCACGGUGGCGUUCGAGGGCGGCGUGUUCGUCCGCUACGUCACACGCUUCACCGAGGAGGUCUUUGCUUUCCUCAUCUCCUUCAUCUUCAUCUACGAAGUCUUCAAGUUUCUGUCCAAGGUGUAUACCAAGAACCCCCUGUGUUCUGACUGCUACUACUACGACUCUGUGGGUGCACCAGCGUACAACAGAAACGGAUCCCUUCUGGUCAACACCACGUACCCCACGCUAGACGGGUACAUCAACCCUCGUGCUAACGACUCCAGGAGAAUGCCGAUGCCUGCCGGGUUCCCGGUGGUUCCCGCAGCGCUAGAUCCAGUGUACCCAGCAUACACAGACCCGGACGGUUACGAGGCUAAGGAGAUAAAGAACCAGCCCAACACGGCACUCAUGUCCACCAUACUGUGCUUCGGGACAUUCUUCGUCGCGUAUUUCCUCAGGAAGUUCAAGAACAGCAAGUUCCUCAGUCGUGGAGCCAGGAGAGGCCUUGGAGACUUUGGUCUUCUGAUUGCCAUUGUGGUGAUGGUUUGCAUCGACUUCUUCUUCCAGGAUGUUUAUACACAGAAACUAGAGGUCCCUGAUGGCUUCACUCCCACCGACCCUAAGCUGAGGAGCUGGAUCAUCAACCCCAUGGGGAGAGACAAGACCAUCCAGGUCUGGGCCAUCUUCGCUGCCGUCAUCCCGGCUUUCCUGGUCUAUAUCCUACUGUUUAUAGAGAUACAGAUCACUGAGAUGAUUAUCAACAAGAAGGAGAACAAUCUAAAGAAGGGUUCCGGCUACCACCUGGACCUGUUGUUAAUCUGUGGCACCGUGGCGAUCAGUGGGUUCUUCGGGCUCCCGUGGAUGUGUGCGGCGACUGUUCGGUCCGUGUCGCACUUCGAGAGCCUGACGGUGUACAGUAAGACCCAUGCUCCUGGUGAGAAACCCAAACUGUUGUCAGUGAAGGAACAGAGACUUACCAACCUGCUGGUGCAUAUCAUGAUGGGAAUAACCAUGACCUUGCAGCCUGUACUAAGGAGAAUCCCGCUAGCCGUGCUGUUUGGAGUGUUCCUGUACCUGGGGAUCACGUCUCUCACCGCUACACAGAUCUUUGAUAGGAUCGGCCUGAUGUUCAUGCCUCCUAAACACCAUCCCAGCAGUGUGAGAUAUGUCAGAAAGGUGAAAACGAGGAAGAUCCACAUCUUCACAGUGAUCCAGCUGGUGUUCAUCACCCUGCUGUGGAUCGUGAAGUCCACCCAGGCAGCCCUGGCCUUCCCCUUCCUCCUCAUCCUGCUCAUCCCCUUCAGGAACCACAUCCUCAAGAGGUUCUACACAGAGACAGAGAUGGAAGCACUGGACAACCCCACCUCUAGAAGGGAUCCAGAUAGGGAUGAUGAUGACUGAAUGAAGGAUGGAUUCACUAAUUACAAUGUCUGGAUGCUGAGGAUGAGGGUGAUGACGAUGAUGAUGACGUGGAUGAGUAUUACACCGCACGUCUGCCAUUCUUCUAAGCAACCAAUCACAAGCCAGGAUCUACUAGUUCCAGCCAAUCGUAUGCAAGGACACAAACAGAGUUACUGCCUCGCACAUCUGCCAUUCUAAGCAACCAAUCACAAACCUGGAUCUUCUACUUCCAGCCAAUCGUAUGCAACAACACUAACAGAAUUACAUUGUGUACUGCAGCUCUGUGCACCUUUGGUUGUUAGGUUGGAAAUAGUCUACAUUUAUUAUAAAUAAGAGUUCACUUGUCUUGUGAGACAGUUUGUGAUAUCUUGUUCUAUCAAUUUGAAAUUGAAUUUUGACGUCUUUGUGUUAUUUCACCUUGCUUAAGAGCGGAGAUUUUGAGAAGCCUUUAUUAUUGCUUUCUUGAAUCGCUUGUUAAGUUUGUGUUCUAAGAAUGCUUUUUGUACAUUUUUUCACCCCUAGCAUAUAUAGUGAUUCAUUGCCAUCUAUUUGAAAAAAAAGUUGAUGUGUAAUUGUUAAUAGGAAAUUGUAAAAACUGAAACAAAGUAUAUUUGUAAUCAGAUAUCCUUGUUUAUUUGAUGUGCGCAUCAUAAAAGUGAGGAAAAAGGUAAAAAAGAAAAGCUUGAGAAGCCAAGAGGAUAUAUGUUGUAUGGUCCACCAAUACUAUGCCAUGAUAUAGAAUUAUAAUACCAUGUACAUGUAAUAGAUAUUUUUAUCGUGCAAUUCUGAGUGAAAAUGUACCAAUGAGUAUUGCGUCAUAUAUGCACAAAUGUUGAUGUUGCAGUGGCUAAUAAUUAUACAGACAAGACUGACUGGGAAUCCAGACAGUUAUUUUCAUGUAAAAUGUAAUGUUUAAGCUUCUGAGUGUGGCAUUAUUGGUUUUGAAGCUUUGUAUUAUUCAAGAUACUACUAUACAAAUCUACAUCUUUAUCUAAAUGUGGAAAAUAAAUGAAAGGACCCACGGAAUAUGCCAAAUGAGAAAUUAGAAGAACUAGACAUUCCAAAAUUAUAAUUAAAAGAAUGAAGACAGUGAAGAUAGUAUAUAGACAUUUUGUACAUUCUGUACUCUUCCACAGCCAUAUACUAAAAGCAAUUUUAUCUAAUGAACAAAAAGGUGAUUGUAGGGGUUUUGUAGUUUUAUGCAUAAGAGCGCAGUGCUCCAGUGUUAACUACAGCUACUUUUGGAGCACUAUCUAGGCAAUGGUUACAAUACUUGAAUACCUUUUACUCAGUUUUCCCUCUACUGUUUGGGGUAAUAGUCAUUCAGGGAGGCAUUACUACUGUAACAAUACAUUACAGUGGGAGUGAGUGAUUACCAGACUCUGCAACAUUUGAACUCAACAUCCAACAAAAACUGAAAAAUCUGGGUUUUGCGCAGGCACAGUACGUUCUGCUGAUGCUCACUUCUAUCAGCCAUCCCCUUUCCUGUAGUAAUACUAAUAGAUUGUACUAAGACGCUUGUCAUCCAAAUGAAAUACCAACAUUGCUAUCUAGUUUUGGAAAGGAUAAUACUGUACUCUCUAGUAUUGAUGUUUAGACAAGAUGGAAGAAUGUUACUUUUUGUAUCCCAGACCUUAAUCUAGAAUAGACAAAAGAUAUACCAGUGAUGUGCACUUGGCUAGAAUGCUGCUAUGUGUGUAAUGAAGAAAAGAAUUACUGUUGUACAUUGUGAUAAAGAAUUUGAAAUGUUGAAUCAAAGCUACAUGUAUACUGGUAGCACUUGGUCUCCAAAAGUAUCAGCUGUAAUGUUGUAACUGUUGAGAUGCCUUAGUGUGCCUAUGUAAGAGCUCAAAAUGCUCAAAUCUGAAGACAGGGUCAGCACCAGUGAAAGUUUUGUUCAGAUUUUAACAAAAAAAAGCCAUAAUGAUAUCAUUAAUGAGCUAGUAGAACUCUCAACAUGGAGUCCUGUGUACUUAAUUCUCACCUUUAUGCAAAUGUAAUUGUUGCUGGUUCUUAAUGAUGCUUUAGUGGUUGAUUGCUUGUGAGAAAUUGGUGUAAAAUUGACAUUUGGGACAACUCAUCGGCCAUGGUUUGUCUGUAUGACAUUGAUGCUGUUUCAAUGUGUUUUUUCUCUGCAAUGUACACGUAGAUAGAGUCUUAUUAAGAAUAAUUUGCCAGCUGCAGUGCAGUGUGCCAUAGUGCCUGUGUACAUGUAAGAUCUUUUUUCUCUCUGCAUUUUUCAGCACACAGAUUGUGCAUAUACAAAGACAUGCUUGCGUGUAAUUUACAUGACUUUACAAAUGGCGAUAUAGUGUGUAUUUUGAGUGACUGCACCAAUACAGGCUCAGAGGCAUUUGUACAUUAAAUAUGAGAUUUAUCAUGUAGUUUGGAUGUUAUUGGAUGUGAUGUUGAAACAUAUUGAAUUGCCUUGUGAUGUGUCUUGUAGUACCUAUAUAUUGUACAUGCUCUGAUUCUAGGCUGCACUAAUGUAGCCUUAGUGCCAAUUCCCACAUAUUUUUUUAUCCCAUGAUAUGCCAGAAAUAAAUGAAGCAGUGCUUUGA